UGUAAACUAUCUAGGGUGACGGUGGGAGCAAAGUGUGUGUGUGUGUGUUCUUCGAUUUUCCUACAAAUAGUGAAUAGUGAUUGCCAUUAUUUUGUAUUUUCUUCGAUCCAGUCAUGUCAAGUUCAAGUUUACGAUUUGUUACUUGUGAUAUUUGAAUAGAUGACUAUUAAUCAAAGCACACAACUGGCGAUGGAAGAGCCCUCACUCCAGUUUUUCAUUCAUCAAUACCUAUCUUUGCUCUAGCUUCCCAUAUCAGACUUCGGAUUACUUAGUUUGUCUUUUACUCUCUCCCAAAGAAGGAGGUUUUUUCGGUUUUUGCAAGAGCUAUUUCUUUCUAGUUAGCUCUAGUAGUGUGUUCUCCAACAUCAUCUCUUUUACCUCAACCCACUUACCCCUGUUCUCGCUAUGUCACCAUGAACUGAAGAUGAAGCUACGAUAAGAUGAAGUUUAUGCCUGGAAGACACCACCAAUUUGUUGAGUGGAUAACUGAAAAUGCUUAAAAGGAGUAGACUGAAGAAGUGACUGUCUGCAAAUCUAGUCUGAUCCAAUCCAUAUCUAUGAAGAUAGCAAAAUUGUAAAUUAGUCCGUGCGCUCGUAGUUGGACUGCAGUAUCAACAUGGGAAUGUGCUGCAGUAAGAAGAACAAUGACCCUGGUCGACCCCUAGUGUAUCAUCAUGGCUAUAAAAUCGAUGGUAUGGACGUUAAUGGCCUGGUCAGUGCCGGUGGUGACCCUCGUUACACACCAGACCCAAACCGUCCGCCAGGUAUCUCAAUGAAACGCCAUGGAGUGGACAUCAUUCGCACACCCACAAUGUCAGGUCAUCCUAAUUCUUCAUCUCGGGGCCGAGUGGUAGUAGCUGUUUACAGUUAUCAAGCACGAGAAGAUGCUGAUCUUUCUUUUGUGAAAGGAGAUAGAAUGGAAAUUCUUGAUGACAGUGAGCCAGACUGGUGGAGAGUUAGACUGUUUAGAACUGGUGAAGAAGGACUCAUACCCUGGAAUUUUGUGGCUGAGGAAAAAUCAAUCGAAAGUGAAGAUUGGUUCUUCGGCAAAAUAUCUCGGAAAGAAGCAGAGAAACUACUGUUAGCAGAGGAAAACCCACGAGGAACCUUUUUAGUAAGAGACUCAGAACAUCUUCCUGGUGGUUUUUCACUGAGUGUGAAAGACUGGGAAGAAGCAAGAGGUCAUCACGUUAAGCAUUACAAAGUAAAACCCCUAGAUAAAGGUGGUUUCUUCAUUGCAACUAGUCAGACAUUCCCCUCUCUCCCAGCUCUCGUCACGGCUUAUACAAAGAAUGCAUUGGGAUUAUGUCAUGUUUUGGCUCGGCCAUGCCCCAAACCAAAGCCUCAAAUGUGGGAUUUAAGCCCAGAACUUCGAGACCAAUGGGAAAUAGACAGGAAAGAAGUCCAAUUGAUUCGAAAGUUAGGACAAGGGAAUUUCGGUGAAGUUUGGUAUGGAAAAUGGAGGAAUAGCAUAGAGGUCGCUGUAAAAACUCUCAGACAAGGUAGUAUGUCAACAGGCGCAUUUUUGCAAGAAGCUGCUAUCAUGAAGAAGUUCAGACAUCCUAGACUUGUUGCUCUGUACGCGGUUUGUUCAAAACAGGAGCCUGUCUACAUUGUCACGGAAUAUAUGAGUCAUGGUAGUCUUCUAGAAUUUUUAAGGAACGGCGAAGGCCGACAUCUUCAGUUGGGUGAUCUCAUCUAUAUCGCUGCUCAGGUUGCAAGCGGUAUGGCCUACUUAGAAGUUAAACAAUUAAUCCAUAGAGAUUUGGCUGCCAGGAAUGUUCUAAUCGGCGAGAAUAAUAUUGCUAAAAUUUGUGAUUUUGGACUCGCUCGUGUUAUCUCCGAUGAUGAAUACUGUCCUCGCCAAGGCUCAAGAUUCCCUGUCAAAUGGACUGCACCAGAAGCCAUUGUUUACGGGCGUUUUUCAAUAAAGUCGGAUGUCUGGUCCUAUGGUAUUUUACUCAUGGAGUUAUUCACCUAUGGACAAGUGCCAUAUCCAGGUAUGCAUGGUAGAGAGGUUAUUCACCAAGUAGACCAAGGCUACAGAAUGCCUAAACCCGCCUCACACCACGUUCCAGAUGCCAUCUAUAGAUUAAUGCUUCAGUGUUGGGAUGCGGAUCCCGAUAAACGGCCAACAUUCGAGUUCCUGUACCAUUACCUGGAAGACUUCACGAUAACUUCUGAAAUUCCCUACAGAGAGGUUGUUGAUUAAAUUUUGAUACAUCUAUUUUGAAUUAUACUAUAUUUUUUAUAGUCCAACAAACAGACCCUUAUAUCUAAACUCUUGAUGCGCCUGCUAUACUGAACAUGAAACUUAGAGGUGCAUUUCCCCCUCAACUUUAUUAAACUCCCAUCAGUUUAUUUGACAGAGGAGAUGAGUGCUAUGGGAUUUCCGCCGUGUCACGCUCUUUAUUAAAUAUGUUGUUCAAUUAAUAGCUGUAUGUAAACGAUACGCACUAACUUAAAAGCAAUUGAAUAGGUUCUUUUUAUAAAUUUUUUACACUCUCCAUACUAUUAUAGCCCCAUUUGACGUGUUAGCAAGGUGGACAAAUAUGAAAAAAUCAGGGAACAAAAAUUUAGAAAAUGUUUUGAAAAUGUUCAAGAAAAUUAAGGAAACCCAGAAAAAAACAUUCUUUCAAAAGUUCCAGAGAGUUUUUUACAAGAGGACUGGAAUUUUUUCUACAAUUUGAUUUUCUCCAUUCUAUGAGAUAUGAUAAUUGUCAAAACGAAUAUUUUGGGAAAUUGUAUCUAUGAGAAGAAAAAUUCAGAAUUUUAAGGUGUGUUUCUUGGGAAAUGAAAAUUGAGAGCUUUAAGGUCAAUUAUAGAAGUAUCAACAGAAUUUCUCUUUUUUUCUCCCUCUCUUUUUUUUGUAAGUAUGUUAUUAAAUCAUAGAAACUUAGUACUCAAAUAUCAAAGGAAAAUUCAGGAACAAGGCUAAAAGUUAUGAUGAAAUUUAGUAUAUUUCAAUGGCGAAAUGCAUUUUCUAUUAAAUACAUGAAACAAUUCUAAUUUUCAUAAAUUUUCUCUUCAAAUAUGUUGUCCAUCAGCAAUUUUAACAUAAUUACUGUACCUGUGUUAGAGAUCUUAGUUUAAAAUGCAUACUGAACAUAGCUUCUCAUUCAUUCUUUCUAUCCCUGUAAAACCAUGCCACACAUAAUGAGUUAGUAAAAUGAUGUCAGAAGUGUUUUAUCCAAGAGCUUCAUGAAUUGAUAAGCUCAAAAAAUUUCUGAAAAAUGGCAAACUCUCUUUGCGGACUAAUCAAGUUUGAAAUCGAAAUUGAUGAAACUGAAUCUUAUCAAAUGGAAUUUGAUCAAAUAAUGACAUAAUGAAGCUGACGCGAGUCCUAGUCAAUUGGUCUUCCUUUUUAUGCUUAUUUAUAUUUUGUAGCUCUUCCAAAUCAUCUCUUUGAAGUUAAGACCAUGCACCAAACAUGGCAACAGCAUAACUAUAUUUAAGGUGUAAUUGCAAAACCAUACUUCUAUGUUUGCGACGUCGCAGAUUUUUGGUCUUAUUUUAAUUUUUUGGACUCAUCAUUAUUCUCUAAAAUUACAUGUGAUUUUUCUGCUCUGAAAGUUUCACAAAAAAUGUCCAAUAACGUUCUUUUGAUCAAUUAAAAAAAGAGCAGAAAUGUUUGAAAGAAACACUGUAGUUGAUGUAUGUGUUUUUGUAGUUUCUUCAUCAGUGGAUUCUUUUUCUACCAUAUCAGAUGUGAUUGUUUUGUAAAUUUUUGAAUCGAGCGCAUAGGCCUAACUAUGGUUAAAAAUAAUUUUUUGAGCAAGUGUUGACUCAGUUAGCUAAGUUAUCAAGCCGUUGUAUCCCAUUCCCCCAAAAAAAACGUCCUUUUGAAUGACACAGCCUUGUUUGUGUAUUUUACAUGUAUUCAUUUCUGGUGACAUGUCCACAAUUCCACUCAUGAGUAAAGGGAACAAGAUGAAUAAAAAAACUGUCUAAAUCAUCACAUCGAAUACUUAAGCGUCCCAACUACUUAUCUGUAAGUUGCCACCAUAUCUCAUUUUCAGGCUUUCCAUAAACUACUGUCGGUUUUUUUAGGUAGUUAUUGUCUUACAUUUCUUGCAAAAUACUCGAUCUAUCUCAGUGAUCUACUCUACCCCUAUUCAUCCUACUACAAUUAAAAAAAACAACGGUGCAUUUAUAUCAAGACUCAGGACUUACUUUUGUGACUUUGUAGUUUUAAUUCAACAUUUUGCUAGUGACAGUUUAUGACAAGGAAAGUCUUAUUAAUUUACGGAUUUAUAGAUUCUAUCCAAGAUCCUCAUGACAACAGGGUUUCUUGUUCAAUUCUCUAGUUCACCAAAUAGAUGCAGAUAAAAUAAUUACGAACUGUUUCUCAUGUAGAAAGGAUUUGCAUGAAUUCUGUCUCCUAGUCUUAACUCUUCGUUUUUAGCCAGUAGAAACCAUUUUCUCAAUGGGACUCUGGAACCUGAAGUAAAAAGUCUGUGCUUUGUAAAUACUUACUUAGUUUCAUUUAGUCCAGCAAGUUGCAUUUUUGCGCUUUUAUUUUUUCCACAAGUUUGUAUUCAUAUUUUGACUUUAACCAAAGAUUUUCUUUUUUCUACUGUAAUAAAACUGCCAUUAAUUUACUUCAA